AGAUGCUAGAACGUCAUAAGCAUAGCGCAACCGCAGGAUCUCGGAAGGUGUCAUAAUAAUAACAUGAAAUUUUUAGAAAAAAUAGCUGAAGUGACUACAGGAUAUUUAAAGUCUAGUGAUGACAUAAUUUCAUAGCCAUAUAUUCUUAUUAGAAGAUACUUAUCCCAAAAAGUUUCUACACAAUCUUAGUUUGGAUGAGAUUAGACAGCGUUCAGCCAUAUGAAUAAAUGAGAUUUUUUUGCCUCUUUACCUUAUCAUUCCACAGUUUGGUCAUACAAUGGAUUAGAGUUCAUAUUCAUAUUAAAAAAUUAAUGAGUUUGAUGCACCUUUUAUUGCACAAUGAUACUCUACGAAUCACUGAAGUAAUUAAAUAAAUUAUCAGAUGCCGUUAAAUUUCCUUUGGCCUAAAUGAUGUUUGGACAUUAUCAAAUGGAACCGGUAGUAGAAGAAUAAUCUUUUGACGGUUGAUAAGACAAAGCAAAGCAACUCUUUUAAAACGUAUUUAUUUCUACAGUUUUCUUUGUUCUAAAAAAGUUCAAAUAUUUCUGCAUGAAAGUAACUUCUUAUUAGAGAGUACUAACUGCUCCCUGUAAUAAACUAAAUAUUUUCCUUUUUUAUAUUUGACAUUAAGCAUCAAUUCUGAUGCUCAACUAAUGGUUCUG